AUGACUCAUGAGUUUGUUUUUUUAAUAAUAUCAUACUCAUAAAAAUGCAUGUAGUAGUAGAUAGUAUUUUGUAUAUUCUACUUGUGAAUUAUACUAUUUUAGUCACAUAUCAUAAAUAUUGUAUUCUUGUUUAUGCAUUGGGUUUAUUUACUCAUCCUUUUUUUUAUGCUUUGACGACGGUGGAUCCGUAUUCAUGUAAUGCAAGAAUGAUGUACCAGCUUGUAACUACAGGAAUAUCCCCAAAAGUAUGUUCAACAAGAUGUGCAUAUUGCAACGACAAUCUAUCAUUUCCUGCUUGUAAGAAAGGAAAACUGUUCAAUAUUUUUUGCAGAGCACCUAAUAACUGUUGCAGGUGGAAUGCUGAUAUCAAAGAAGGAAACACAAACUUGCUACGUUCAUGUUCAAGAUGUGAUGAGAGCAAGAAUUUUACGUGUACUUCUGACAGCGGAGGGAAAAUAAUCAAUAAAAUGUGUAAAGAUGAAGACAAAUGCAAUAGAGGUUAUCCUACCUCAGAAGAACAAAUAUUAAACAUCAGCACUUAUUUGCCGGCUAUAGGUGUCAUUAAUUGCUUCACUUGUAGUCAUAGUAUACCAAAAGGUGAUUAUCAAAAUAUGACAAAAACUGCAGAGUGUGGAUGGGUCGAUAAAAACAAGAUUCUUCCGUGCGAUUUAUCAACUCAUUCAUGUAUAUACGACGUAACAUUGAAAGGAAUACGUGCAAAAUACUUUCGGGGUUGCGUUCCUGGAAAAUACACUACAAACUGCACACAUGAGUAUUUUGACAAUUCCACAAGACAGAUCAUACAUUGUCGUAGAGAUCAUUGCAACGUUUUGCCGGUAUUGAAGAGCGGAUGCAGCGAUUAUUCCGGAAACUUGAUCAUAAUUUGCAUAUCAAUAACUUAUAUAUUAAGUAUUCUGUACGAUAUGUUUUAGUAAUAGUUAGACAUUACUAGUGGUAGAUGUGAUUCAAAACACUUUUUCAGUUAAAUAUUAUGAAGUGAAUUGAGAUACUACCAAAAGAUGCUGUAAUAUAAAUCUCAUUAAUAUAUCAAUUAUCUAU